AUGAUACCGAGAGUUAGCACAGCUCACGCGACAAAAUUCAUAGAAAGAGGCGUUUACAAAGACAGAACUCUCGCAGUCUUUACCAGCGGGGGCGAUGCACAGGGCAUGAAUGCUGCUGUACGAGCAGUCGUACGCGUCGCCAUUUACCUCGGAUGCAAAGUUUAUUUCAUCAAAGAAGGGUACCAAGGCAUGGUCGAUGGAGGCGAGAACAUAGUAGAAGCUACCUGGAGUUCCGUAAGUUCUAUUAUACACCAAGGGGGUACUAUAAUCGGGUCCGCGAGAUGCAUGGAUUUCAAAGAACGACAAGGUCGUUUGAAAGCAGCCGCCAAUCUAGUCGAGAAGGAAAUCAACAAUUUGGUGGUUAUCGGCGGCGAUGGCAGUCUCACCGGUGCCGAUUUAUUCAGGCAAGAGUGGAGCUCCCUUCUCGAGGAAUUAGUGUCCAAUAAGACAAUAUCGCAGGAGCAGUUGGAUAAGCACAAAAAUUUGAAAAUCGUCGGUUUGGUCGGUUCCAUCGACAACGAUUUUUGCGGUACCGACAUGACGAUAGGUACUGACAGCGCUUUGCAUCGAAUCAUCGAAGCUAUUGAUGCUAUCGUCAGCACGGCGUAUUCCCAUCAAAGAACGUUCAUUAUGGAAGUUAUGGGAAGGCAUUGUGGGUAUUUGGCUCUCGUAGCGGCUUUGACAUCCGAAGCCGAUUACGUUUUCAUACCGGAGAUUCCUCCGCCCGACGACUGGCAAACUAAACUCUGCAAAAAAUUAGAACAGGAAAGGACGGCCGGUCAACGUUUGAACAUCAUCAUAGUGUCCGAAGGGGCCAUCGAUCGGAACGGGAAAGCCAUAACCGCCGAGCAAGUGAAGAAGGUGAUCGAGGACAAUCUCCAUCAGGACACCAGGAUCACCGUUCUCGGUCACGUGCAAAGAGGCGGAUGUCCUUCGGCGUUCGACAGGGUUUUGGGUUCGAGAAUGGGCGCCGAGGCUGUGUUAGCCCUCAUGGAGGCGGAGGAUACGGCCGAGCCCUGCGUAAUAUCCUUGGACGGUAAUCAAGCUGUCCGAUUGCCUUUGAUGGAAUGCGUGAAACUCACUAAAGAAGUGGCUAAGGCCAUGGCCGAGAAGAAUUGGCAAAGGGCUGUGGAAUUGAGAGGUAAAUCGUUCCAAAGGAAUUUAGAAACUUACAAAUUGCUUACUCAACUCAAACCGCCUAAGGAGUUUUACACUCAGAAGGGUUUAAAGGGAGAGCAUACACUCAAAAAGCAAGAUACAGUUUGGGGUUCCGAAGGUUAUGUAAUGGCUGUAAUGCACGUUGGGGCGCCGUGUUGUGGAAUGAACGCGGCCGUCAGAUCGUUUGUUAGAAAUUGCAUUUACCGCGGCGACACCGUAUUGGGAAUACACGAUGGCAUCGAAGGUUUAUUGGCCGGCAAUAUCGAUCAACUCGGUUGGUCGGACGUAACCGGCUGGGUGGGUCAAGGCGGUGCCCUGUUGGGCACCAAGAGGCUUCUACCGGGCGAUAGAAUAGGCGACGUGGCCGCCAAACUGGCCGAGCACAAAAUCCAAGGGCUGCUCGUCAUCGGUGGAUUCGAGGGUCUCCAAGCUCUCAUACAGAUGUCCGACGCUCGCGAUAAAUACCCAUCGUUCCGCAUACCGAUGAUACUAAUCCCGAGUACCAUCAGUAACAACAUGCCCGGUACCGAUUUCUCCUUGGGCACGGACACGGCCGUCAACGAAAUAACCGAUAUUUGCGAUAGAAUCAGGCAAUCGGCGCAAGGUACCAAGAGAAGGGUGUUUAUCGUCGAGACGAUGGGCGGGUACUGCGGAUAUUUGGCCACGUUAGCUGGUCUCGCCGGUGGAGCGGAUGCUGCUUACAUAUACGAAGAACAUUUCAGCAUCAAAGAGCUACAACAAGACGUGUACCACGUGGCUUCGAAAAUGGCCGAAGGGGUUCAACGAGGGUUGAUUUUGAGAAACGAAAAGGCCUCCGAGUAUUACAACACCGAGUUCAUUUAUCGCUUGUAUUCGGGCGAAGGGAAGGGAUUGUUCAGCGCCAGGAUGAACAUACUCGGUCACAUGCAACAGGGCGGUUCCCCGUCGCCGUUCGAUAGAAAUUUAGGAACCAAAAUGGCCACUAAAGCCGUCGAUUGGUUGUCGUGCAAUUUAAGAGGUAAUUUGAACGCCAAGGGUGAAGUCGAAUGCACCGAUCCCCAUACCGUUUGCGUGUUGGGCAUCAAGAAGAGAUCCUACGUGUGUACGUCCAUGGAAGAUAUCAAGGAACAAACCAAUUUCCAAUUGCGUAUUCCUAAGGAGCAGUGGUGGUUACACUUGCGCCCUCUGCUGCGUAUCCUGGCGAAACACGAUUCGGUCUACCAGGAGGAAGUCGGUCCAACUAUCGACGAUAGAAUUGAAAUGUUGAGACAAGAAUAUGUCAUUACCGGUAUGGAUCGCGACGUGGACGCCGGGACGGGCUGGGCCGCUUUCACGCCCCAUCAACAUCAACCCCCGCGAAAAUCCAUGCAGGGCGCCGCGAUAUCGCGAUAA